AUGCUUGACGGGUUGGAGAGUGACGAAGAAUCCUCACCUUUCGAGACCUCUGUAAUUAUAAAUAGUGUCCUCAAUGCUCUACUGAUACCAAUAUGCAUCACUGGCAAUGUUUUGGUACUAGCCGCUGUAUGGAGAAAUCCUUCCCUACGCACUCCGUCUAUCAUUUUGCUGUGCAGUCUUGCUGUUUCUGAUCUUUUAGUUGGGUUUCUUGCUCUUCCACUUGACAUUGCCGUCGCCCUUACACCGCUUUCUCAGGUCAGUUCUGACUCACGUCUGUCACAAGCAAGGCUCGUCCUCACUAUUCAACUCUGCGGUGUUUCCCUUGAAACAAUGACAGCCAUUAGCGUGGAUCGAUAUUUGGCCCUACAUUAUCACAUGCGAUAUCCGAACAUGAUGACCUCUAGACGUGCAACCUGUGUAGCAGCAACAUUUUGGUGUAAAAACGUCAUUUUAUCACUGCUUAUCAUUUGGAAGAAAACUGCUAUUCUUCUUGUUGCACUUGUCUUUCUUGCCUUAUGUCUUUUCACUUCUUCAAUUACUUACAGUGCAAUUUAUCGAAUCGUUCGACACCAUCAACAUCAGAUGCACGGCCAACAGCAAGCCGUACAAAGUAUGAACUUGGAACAAAAUCUCAAGAUACAAGAGAAGAAACGCGCUGCAAACACAUUUAUAUAUUACAUUUGUUUGGUUCUUUGUUAUUUUCCAGAGGCUGUCUCCUUCCUAAUUUGGAUGACUUAUAAAGAACAUUGGAACAUCAGAUGGCGUUUUGCCGACGCUAUUCUGUUCAUGAACUCUGCUAUAAAUCCAUUCUUGUAUUUUUGGCGUAAUCGGGAAGUUCGGGAAGCAGUUUUGAAGAUAGUACGAAAAAGGUUAUGUAAAACAGAUGAGGAAAACUGA